AUGACCCCUCAGGACAGUGUGACGGAAGGAGAAGGAUGGUGCCCGAUAGGAGUGCAGUGCCAGGUCCACUGUACUCCCUUGAUGCAAGCGAACGCGAGAGCGGCAGCCGACAGCCCGGAUGGCUGGGCAGAAGAUAGGUGGGAAGAAAGGGGUUGUCUAGUGAAGGAGAGCCCGUGUUGUGGAACGGCCUGGGGGGUAGACUGUUUGCACUGCGGCAUUUCAUUUGCCUUGUUUGCAUAUAUUCUGGGACGACCAAUCAGGAGCUCGCUCCGCGAGCCCAAGAAAUAG